AUGGGUAAUGUAUUUUGCUACGAACGAGACGCUGACAAUGUUCAUUGGAAAUAGUAACUUGAAACAACUUGUUAGGAUAAGAAGAAAGAAAUGUGUUGGGCUGAGCCUAUUUUGAUUUAAAUUAAAGAUUUAAAGAUUUCAAAUAAGUAUUAGAAAUAACUACAUUCCUUUGCUUAGAGUUAUGAAGAGUCAUCAAUUUCAGAAAUUUAAAAGUCUAUCAAAUCUAGAUAAGCUGCAAGAGAAAAUAGAAAUAUCUAAACAAUAAUUAAAAGAACAGGAUUUACAGAAGACGAUCUAGUUGAAUAUUAUAUCAAACCGAGCAGGGCUUCUAUUAAUUUAAGUAUUUAGUCAAUUACACCAUCUUAUAUUUAUUAUGAGAAAACAUCUAAUGUUGGAAUGGCAUCUUAAGUAAAUUUUGAAGAUCAGAUGUACUUUUUUGUACAAAUUACUGAUAAAAUACAAGAACAUUUAGAUUAGCCUAAUGAAUUAGGAAUAAUGAUAAUUCAAUUCAGAAAUUCUUUAAAAUAACACCAUUAAGAUAGUACAUUUAAUUAGUUACAUGAACAAUUAACUUUAUUUUGUAGAACACUUUAUGAUACUAUUGUAAUUUAUUAUGAUAUGAUAAAUUUGAAAAAGAAAUAUUAAAGUCAUGCAGUUUUAUUAAAUGAAGAGACAAUGAUUAAUUUUAUUGUAAAUUAUGUGAUGUCAAAUGAAGGAAUUUAUAGAGUAAUUUAUAAUUCUUUGUUAAAAGAGCUGAGUUAAAUUUAAAAUCAGACUGAACAAGUGUUUAAGCAAAAGAAAGAUAUUAGUAUAAUCGAUAUGGAAGUACCAAAAGACUUUUAAUUGACAUCAUCCUCAAACCCUUAUGGUGAGGCAAUAUAAACUUUGAAGAAAUUAUCAAAAAAACAAGGCCCUUCCUCAAAGGUCAAAGUAAUAAUUAAUUUUUCCUAACAAAUUCAGUAGUAGGUUAGGGAAGCAAAUGAAAAAAAAGGAUCUAGUCUGCUUAUGUAAGCUGAUGAUCUUUUGCCAAUUAUCAGAUACAUUUUGAUAAAAUCUUAAAUAUAUGAUAUUGAUAUUCACCUUACUUACAUAGAAAAAUUAAUAACCAAUGGAAUGCUCAAUUCAACGAGUGGUUACUAUGUUGUGACAUUACAGGCAGCUUUAGCUUCUUUAAGAAAUAAUAAAAAUUAAUAAUUUAAUUAACAAAAAAAGUGA